AUGUCUUUCACCUCCUCCUCCUCCUCCUGGUCCCGGACUCUCCGAGCCUUCCUCCUCCUGCAGCUCCUGCUCGUGCCACCUUGCCUCCUCCACCCGCAGCCGUGCCACGUCCUGGCGCAGAUCGGACACACGGUGCGCGUCGGUGCGCUCCUGCCGGCGCAGCGGGCGGCUCGCGUUCAGGUCCAGGCGGCGCUGAAUCGCGCCGCUGCCGCGUUGAAGCGGGACCAGUAUCCGGACCCGGACCGGGAGCGGGACAACUUCCUGCCAUACAACCUGAGCCUGGAGCUGGUGUCCCGGCAGCCGGCUGCCGCGGACCCGGAGUCCCUGUUCCGGUGCGUGUGUCAGGGCGUGGUGGUGCAGGGAGUGUCCGCGGUGUUGGCCUUCCCGCAGAACCGCGACGAGCUGCUACAGGUGGACUUCAUGGCUUCGUUCCUGGAGAUCCCGGUCCUCAGCGUCAUCGAACACGGAGAGCCGCUCCUCGUGCAGAACCGGUUCCACCUACAGAUGAUGAUGGGGGUUCCAGAGUCUGGUCUGUCUGAUCUGUUGCUGACGGUUCUGCAGCGCUCCGGUUGGAGGGAGGGUACUGUGGUUCUUUGUCAGGGCUGGGAGGAAGCUCGAGGUCUCUUGCGGCUCCUUGAGGGUCAGAGCAGUGCAUCAUGGGACGGUGGGGGUGGGGUCACCUGGCACCCACGUGCCCUUCUGAACCUGACGCGGUCUGCCCAUGAUGACACACAGAUCCAUGACUUUCUGUCCCGACACUUCAGACAGAACCAGCCCCUGCCGGCGUCAGUGCUGCUGUUCGGGACUGACCUGCAGUGCGCGGCGGCGGUGCUACGCAGCGCCCAGGAUCUGGGCCUCACCUUACCCAUGGUGCACUGGGUGCUGGGUCAGCCACUCAACCCCGACGCCCUGCAUGCCAUUGGGCUGCCACUUGGCCUGCUGGCCUAUGGACAGGUGGACAGGAAACCGCUUGAUUUUUACGUCAGAGAUGCUCUGCAACUCCUCACCAGUGCUGUCGCCGCGGCAACCAUGGUGAGACCGGACCUGGCCCUGAUUCAGAACAUGGUGAACUGCUAUGACAAACCCAACAAACAUGAGGUGCCAUCGUCAGGACAGUACCUGUCCAGGUUUCUGUUCAACACAUCUUUCUCUGGUCUGACGGGUCCGGUCCGAGUCCACCAGAACCAGUCUCAGGUCCUCACCUCAAAGCGGUUUCACAUCUGGAGCCUGCGGCGGGAUGCUCUUGGUCAACCCACCUGGGUGACGGUUGGCAGCUGGGAAGGGGGUCAGCUGCAGGUGGAAGACCAGGGGGUCUGGCAGGGACCCAUACAUCGGCACAGGACAGAGGGGACGGGUGGGAGGACCAGGGGCCGCUGGAGGGCGGGAAUGCCGGUGGCAGGGAGUCGAGUCCGGGUGGUGACUCUAGUGGAACAUCCUUUUGUGUUCACGCGGGACGUGGACGAUGAAGGCAGUUGCCCUGCUGGUCAGUUCUGCCUGGAUGCUGGGACCAACAACUCAGAGACUUUGGAGAGGUUCUUCAGGGAGGUGGCAGCUGGGAAUGGCAGCUUCCUGCCUGCCCAGUACAGCAAGUGUUGCUAUGGAUACUGCAUUGACCUGCUGGAGAAGCUGGCUGAGGACCUCGGCUUUGAGUAUGACCUUUACAUUGUUGGAGAUGGGAAGUACGGCGCGUGGAAGGGGGGGCGCUGGACUGGGCUGGUGGGGGAUCUUCUGAAUGGACUAGCGGAGAUGGCUGUCACCUCCUUCAGCAUCAACUCAGCUCGGAGUCAGGUGAUCGACUUCACCUCGCCCUUCUUCUCCACCAGCCUGGGCAUCCUGGUUCGAAGUAAGGACACGGCGGCCCCGAUUGGAGCCUUCAUGUGGCCCCUGCAUUGGUCCAUGUGGGUGGGCAUCUUCCUGGCGCUGCACAUCACAGCGCUCUUCCUCACAUUGUACGAGUGGAAUAGUCCGUUUGGCAUGACGCCUCACGGUCGCAACAGGAUGAGGGUGUUCUCAUACUCAUCGGCUCUGAACCUGUGCUACGCCAUCUUGUUCGGACGCACUGUCUCUUCCAAGACGCCAAAGUGCUGGACAGGUCGGUUCCUGAUGAACCUGUGGGCCAUUUUUUGCCUGCUGGUGCUGUCCAGCUACACCGCCAACCUCGCCGCCGUCAUGGUGGGAGAAAAGACCUUCGAGGAGGUCUCAGGGAUCCACGACGCCAAGCUGCACCACCCAUCCCGGGGUUUUCGUUUUGGGACAGUGAGGGAGAGCAGCGCUGAGGAUUACAUGAAGAAGAGUUUUCCAGAGAUGCACGAGUACAUGAGACGCUUCAACGAACCAACCACACCUGAAGGAGUUGCCACCCUCAAGACAGAUCCUCCUCAUCUCGAUGCCUUCAUCAUGGACAAAGCUCUGCUGGACUAUGAAGUUUCCAUUGACACCGACUGUAAAUUGGCGACUGUUGGGAAACCGUUCGCCAUCGAAGGUUAUGGUAUUGGCCUGCCUCAGAACUCUCCUCUGACAUCCAACAUCUCAGAGUUCAUCAGCAGAUACAAAUCAGAGGGAUACAUGGACCUGCUGCACGACAAGUGGUACAAAGUGGUUCCCUGUGGGAACAGAGUGUUCGCUGUCACUGAGACUCUUCAGAUGGGGAUCAGUCACUUCUCAGGACUCUUUGUGUUGUUGUGUUUUGGAGUGGGCGGAGCUUUGCUAACUCUGGCAGGUGAACAUGGUUUCUACCGCCUCAUCCUGCCACACAUCCGCCGCCGACAGAACCUCAAGUACUGGCUGCACACCUCACAGAAAAUCCAUCGAGCUCUGAACAUGACGUACGAAGAUGUGAAGAGGCAGCGAGUGGAGAAAGAAAAAAGCUGUAACCUGCUGAAGCCUCAGCCCUCUCAUGGCCCCCCUGCCCCCCCGGCUCCUGGAGUCUCGGCCAAGUGGAACAACGAAACCAGUAAGGAUGCGACCACCGCCGCCAUGAAGGAUGCCCGAGACUUCAGACGAGUUCACUUCAACCUGGAGACCCUCAACACCCGCCGCCUGCUCGCUCGCAUCGCAGCCUCCGACACCAAGGGAGGCGGGGCUAAAGGUGAGGGGUCAGCCAAGCCGAAUGCAGGGCCAAGCAACAGAGUGUGUGAGAAUGGAGGACCGGUGGCUUCAUUUGCCAGCCUCGUGCUCUCCCUCCCGUCAUCGUCCUCCUCUACUUCUUCCACUUAUUCUGCUGCUCCUCCUUCUGCAACUGUAUCCCCUCCUCCUGAAGUGGCCCCGCCCCAGCCUGGUGAGCUGCAGGCGCUCCAAGACCAGAUCGACCAGAUGAGGGAGAAGCUGAGGACAGCUUUGGCCAGGAGGGCUGAGAUCCAGACCACUCUGGCAAAACCCGUCGCCACCGUGACAAACAACCUGACUCCAGCAACCACGACAGCAAUGGUGACAAUGACGAUGAAGACAGGAGCCAUGCCCAGCCUCUUACCCACCGUUGCGUCUGCAAAACCCCUCCCUGCCAACACAAAGUGUGUCACGACCAUGACAGAUCCGCCUCACAAAGUCCUGUCCAAAGUCCGACCCCUUCACAGCAGAGUUACCAAUCUGAGGAGCUGA